GUAAAACGAGGAGAAUGCAAAUUAGCCAGAGAGAGAGAGAGAGAGAGAGAGAGAGAGAGGGACUCGCGUCUCGACUCUUGAGAGAGUCGAAAUGGUGGCCGAAGGAAGAGGAGAGGGGUCAGUAAUUGAAAAUGAAAACAAAAGUAUAGUCCCAAAGGUAGAAGAAGAAGUAAGAUCACUACCACUACCACCCACUUUCACAGCUCCUACUGAUCUCAUAGCUCGCAUCUUUUCUCAGCUCGACUGCGUUGAUCUUCUCCAAUGUUCUCUCGUCUGCAAGCAGUGGUACACAGAUUCUGCAGAGCUGAGGGAAGGCUGGAAGAAUGAAUAUUUGGAGUCACGCAACAUGUUUGGGCUAGGCCUGGAAAGGGAAACUCACCCACCAUCUACCACGUGUUCAAUAAGAGGUAGGCAGUUUAGUUUUCAGAGGGCACCGGGAUGGCAUGCAACACUGAUUUGUAAAGCUCUUUGUUCCCUCAUGAAUUGCAAAAAUUUGACUAUUUCCUACUAACAACAACAACAACAACUCAGCAUAUCCCUACUAAAUGAUGUUGGCUACAGGAUUCUUACCCUCCAAUCAGCUCUGUUUGAGGUCAUACUUGAUACAAGGCCUAAGAUAUGCACGUCUUUCCUCACCACUUCUCCUAGAGCCAUUUUAGGUCUGCCCCUGGCUCUUUUAGUUCCAUCACUCUAAGCCAAAUCAUUCCCCUAUGUACCGGAGCAUCCAAAAGCCCCUGUUGAACAUGGCCAUGCCACCUCAAACAACUUUCUCGUAGUUUAUUAUGUAUUGAAGCUACACCUAAAUCAGCUCUAAUAUGAUUAUCCUUACUUUAA